AUGGAGGAGGACGCCGAGGGCAUGGACCGCCUCGACAUGGACGGCGACUUCGUGGGCGGCCGCUUCGGCCGCGACGGGGAGUUCUACUACCAGAGCCGUCGCGAGCGGGCGCCCCAGACCAGCGAAGACGCGCUCUACGGCGUCUUCGGCGAGGGGGACUCCGACUACGACUCUGAGGAGGACGAGGCGUCGCGCCGGCGCCGGCGCCGCAAGCGCCGCAUGGACGACUCCGAGCCCGACCUCACCAGGCCCGUGCAGUUCGUCUCCAAGGGCAUCAGUGCCCCAAAGCCAGAGGAGGAUGAGGAGCAGCAGAGGCCUGGGCUUGGCCAGGCCGCGUCCUCCUCGGGCACUGCUGCCGCCGCCGCCUCCGAGGAGGAUGCAGAGGAGGACCAGGAUCCGUACAUCGACCUGCCCACAGGGUUUGGGCAGCGGAUCGCCGAGGGUGCACGCGCGAGGCGGGAGGAGAAGGAGCGGCAGCAGGAGUCGGCCAAGCGCCGGCGCAGUGCAUUCGGGGCAGGGUUUGAACCUGGAAAACCAGCGCCGCCACCUGGGAGCCUGGAGUCCAACACGAAGGUGGCUAAGAUGAUGGCUAUGAUGGGGUACAAGAGAGGAGAAGGCCUCGGCAAGAAUGCUCAGGGAAUCACUGCACCAGUGGAGACCACCUUACGCCCCAAGAACGCCGGACUCGGCAGCGUCGAGGGGUUUAAGGAGCCCAAAGCUUUCACUCCCAAGGAGAACUUGCCACCCCCACCUCCUCCACCGCCUGCCAAGAAGGAAAAGCAACGGUGGUCCAAGAAGGCCAGCUUGAAGAAGGAUCAGGUCUUGACUAAGAAUGAGCUGUUGGCAAGGCGCGCUGAGCAGGAACAGGAUGAGCAGCCCACAUUUGUCCAAAAGGUGAUUGACAUGCGAGGGCCUCAGGCUCGUGUGUUGACAGACUUGAAGGGGCUCAGUACUGAACAUGAGAUGGAGGCAAAUGAUGUGCCGAUGCCGGAGUUGCAGUACAAUGUGCGGCUGCUUGUUGAUGAGACUGAGGCUGAUAUUGUCAGGUUGGAUGGGCAGCUGCGGCGGGAGCAGGAGAAGGUGGCUAGUUUGGUGCGGGAGAAGGAGAAAGUAGCAAAGCAGGAGGCUUUGCAGAAACGCCAGCUGCAAGUUAUGGAGACAAUUGCAGAUGUGCUGGAGAAGGUCCGGGUUGAUGACACCGCUGGUUUGCUCACUCUGGGGGGGUUGCUUAAGACCUUCCAGGGAUUGAAGGUGCGCUAUGAGGAGGAGUUCAAAAUUUGCAGUGUUGCAUGGGUUGCUUGCCGAUUUGCGCAUCCACUACUUAUCCGGGUAUUUCAGGGGUGGCAGCCUCUGCAGAAUCCAUUGUUUGGCUUGGAGGUCAUGUCAUCGUGGAAGGAUUUGCUGCAGGGAGACCAGCCAUAUGAUUUCUCAGAUGCUACUGAAUCAAUGGCUCCAUAUGCACAGCUGGUCAGUGAGGUCAUCCUACCAGCUGUGCGGAUAUCAGGAACUAAUUCAUGGAAGGCUAGGGAUCCAGAACCAAUGCUCCGUUUUCUUGAGUCAUGGGAACGGUUGCUGCCCCCUAUCGUGCUCCAUUCAAUAUUGGAGCAUGUAAUAAUGCCAAAGCUCACAGCUGCAGUCGAAUCUUGGGACCCGCGGAGCGAGAAUGUGCCAAUCCAUGUAUGGGUACACCCAUGGUUGCCAACUCUAGGGCAAAGGAUAGAGACAUUGUGCCACUCUAUCCGGUACAAGCUGAGUAGUGUCCUCCAAUUAUGGCAAGCUCACGAUUCAUCAGCUUAUGCUGUGCUAUCUCCAUGGAAGGGUGUAUUUGAUCCAGCAAGUUGGGAAGACUUGAUAGUGCGUUAUAUCAUUCCUAAGCUGAAAAUGGCGCUCCAGGAGUUUCAGAUUAACCCAGCAAGCCAGAAGUUUGACCAGUUUAACUGGGUUAUGAUCUGGGCUUCUGCUGUUCCGGUACACCAUAUGGUUCAUAUGUUGGAAGUUGAUUUCUUUAGUAAGUGGCAGCUGGUUUUGUACCAUUGGUUGAGCUCACCAAAUCCUGAUUUCAAUGAGAUAAUGAAUUGGUAUAAGGGCUGGAGGGGCCUUUUCCCACCAGAGUUACUUGCCAAUGAACGCAUACGGAUGCUUCUAACGGCUGGUCUUGAGAUGAUGAACCAAGCUGCUGAAGGACAUGAGUUGGUGCAGCCAGGGGCUAGGGAGAAUGUUGGCUUCUUGAGAGCAACAGAGAAGCGGCAAUUUGAUGCAGCACAGCAAGCAUCGCAAUACCCAUCUUACCAUGCUGUACCAGGAGCAGCCAUGGGAGAUAUGAGCUUCAAGGAGUCUAUUCAGGCAUAUGCGGCUGACCAAGGUUUGUUGUUUAUGCCUAGAGUUAACAAAUUCUAUAACGGCAUGCCAGUGUACGAAUUUGGCACCGUGAGCAUUUGCAUAGACUCUGUCAAGCGACUACUCUAUGCACAACUUCAAGAGGGAACUGAAAGAUGGAGUUCUGUGUCUCUUACACAACUGCUGGAAAUGAACCGGAUGGCAAGACCACGUUAG